UGACGCGGCUCCCGCUGAUUGGUCCAACGGUGUGUCACGUGGUCCGGAAGUGAAGGGUCCUGAUGUGUUUCUGGAGUGCAGGAGGGUUUCGAUAAGAUUCUGCGGUGUUCGGCUGGAUUUCCUGGGGGAGAAAAUGGACACAUUAAACAAACUGAAGCAGUUUGACGCUUAUCCUAAAACUCUGGAGGAUUUCCGGGUGAAGACGUGGGGAGGAGCGACCGUGACCAUCAUCAGCGGCGUCAUCAUGUUCGUUCUGUUCCUCUCUGAGCUGCAGUACUACCUGACCAAAGAGGUCCACCCGGAGCUCUACGUCGACACGUCGCGAGGAGACAAACUGAAGAUCAACAUUGACGUCAUUUUCCCUCACAUGCCCUGCGCCUAUCUCAGUAUCGACGCCAUGGACGUGGCCGGAGAGCAGCAGCUGGACGUCGAACACAACCUGUUCAAGCAGCGGCUGGAUAAAGAGCUGAAACCCGUCACCAACGAGGCAGAAAAACACGAACUGGGUCAGGCUGAAGACGGGGAAACGUUCGACCCGAGCACUCUGGACCCGAACCGAUGUGAGAGCUGUUACGGCGCCGAGACCGAAGACCUGAAGUGCUGCAACACCUGUGACGACGUGCGCGAGGCGUACCGGCGGCGCGGCUGGGCCUUUAAGAACGCCGACACCAUCGAGCAGUGCAAACGCGAAGGCUUCUCGCAGAAGAUGAUGGAGCAGAAGAACGAGGGCUGCCAGGUUUACGGCUUCCUGGAGGUCAACAAGGUGGCAGGAAAUUUCCACUUUGCUCCAGGAAAGAGUUUCCAGCAGUCGCAUGUUCAUGUUCAUGACCUGCAGAGUUUUGGUUUAGACAACAUCAACAUGACCCACCUGAUAAAGCACCUGUCGUUUGGUAAAGAUUACCCCGGCAUCGUAAAUCCGCUGGACGGAACCGACGUCUCGGCGCCGCAAGCAUCAAUGAUGUACCAGUAUUUUGUGAAAAUUGUUCCAACCAUCUACGUAAAAACAGACGGAGAGGUGGUCAAAACGAAUCAGUUUUCCGUCACCAGGCACGAGAAAGUCGCCAACGGUUUAAUAGGAGAUCAGGGGCUGCCAGGCGUCUUUGUUCUCUACGAACUUUCACCCAUGAUGGUAAAAUUUACAGAAAAACACAGGUCGCUGACUCACUUCCUGACGGGUGUGUGCGCCAUCAUCGGCGGCGUGUUCACAGUGGCCGGUCUCAUCGACUCGCUCAUCUACCACUCGGCGCGCGCCAUCCAGAAGAAGAUAGAGCUGGGCAAGGCGUCCUAACGACGGCGCCCCCCAGUGGCCGCACAGACCGAGACGCUGAGCACCCAGAGGACUGAAACGGGCGGCGAGGCGGGGGGAGAAACUCGCCUCUUCUCCAUGAACUAGACGUGAAACAAACCGAGACAGAAAUCCAGAGCGGUGGAGCCGUUUGGAUUUUCCUAUCUGCCCUUCGGAGACGUACGGGUCGCGGGGGCGGAGCAACGGGAGGACGCCGCCACCAGGAGCAAGAAGCCGCUCCAUCGCUACGCUCAGCGUUUGGUAGGAGAGCGAGGAGCAGCAGAGACGGACAUUUUUAAGCUCAGAUAAUUUAUUCCAUCUUCUCUGACUCGCAUGGUUCAGACUGUGGAGCGACUUUUUCUUCCACAUCUGCAGCAGAUCUGAAGAAAACAAAGUGAAUCCUUCCAACCCAACACUGCCGCUCAGUGUUCAGAGAAAACCCAGCAGAGAUCCUCCUGCAGCACCGCAAGGUAUUAACCAGGAGAAGAAGAAGAAACUGCUCAUUAAACUAAUAAAACAGCUGCUGGUUGUCACUCCUUACCGCACUGCAAAAACACUACAGCUAAGGCCGUUCUGCACUGCAAAACAUUUUUCUCAUGUUAUAAAUUAAAUAAUCUGCCAGGAGAUCUAGGACUUUUUAAUCAAAAUUUAGGAAUUAUUGGCUUCAAACAAGCUGGUAUUUCUUAGUUUUGUCUUAUUUCAAGUGAACUAGAAACUCAACCAAAAAACUUAAUUUAGUGUUUUGCAGUGUAGAACCUCCUUUGAUUUUCAACAACAAGAAAUUGCAUUAGUUGCUGAAGCUGGUUGGAUGCCGGUUGGAUGCUGGUUGGAUGCUGGUUGUCCAGGUAAACAUCCAUCUGUAUCCAAAGUUUCAGGCAGAAAACACAAAAGGUUCUGCAGCUUCCUGUUGGUUAGACGCCGGGUCAGAUCCGGUGUCGUCUGUACUGGGAGGUUCUGAUCCGUUGGACCUGCUGAUCAUUACAGCUGGUUUCACAUGAUGUUUCUGCAGGGUGAUGGUUAGAACCUGGAUCAGAACUUGGAGCCUGGGUUCAGUCCAGUUUAACCUUAGCGGUCGUGACGUUUUUAUAAAAACAGAAAUGUGCACUGAAUCAUCACUUCGUUCUGUAUUUCCUAAUGAUGUGUUAGAACUGGACCGGUCCCGGUCCAGUAUUCCCUCUGUCGCUGUCCCGGUCCUCUCGGAUCCAGACGAUGGUUCAGUUGUCGACGGUUUGCUGCUGUACGUUUCAACCUUUAGAUCAGGGCUGUGUGUGUGAGAGAGAUGUAUUUAUAUUUCGAAUGUCCACAAAGUGUUUUUAAAGUGACAAAAUAAAUGUUGAAUUAAAGCAGCUUCAGCUUCGCCUGAUGCUUA